AUGUAUCAUUUGAUAACCCCCGAAUCUUCUACCUUUAAUUCAAAUCGAAUUCAAAUGGAGAAAAUCCAAAGAUAUUUACAGCUAAAGAGAUCUCAACAACACGACUUCCUAUAUCCACUUAUAUUUCAGGAGUAUAUUUAUGUGUUUGCUCAUAAUCGUGCUUUGAAUAGAUCUAUUUUGUCGGAAAAUCCAGGUUAUGACAAUAAAUCCAGUUUACGGAUUGUGAAACGGUUAAUUACUCGAAUGUAUCAACAGAAUCAUUUGAUUAUUUCUUCUAAUGAUUCUAACAAAAAUCCAUUUUUGGCGCGAAACACUAAUUUGUAUUCUCAAAUUCUAUCAGAGGGGUUUGCUUUUAUUGUCGAAAUUCCAUUUUUUCUACAAUUAAGAUCUUGUCUAGAGGGGAAAACGAACAAGAAAGUAAAAUCUCAUAAUUUACAAUCAAUUCAUUCAAUAUUUCCAUUUUUAGAGGACAAUUUUUCACAUUUAAAUUUUGUAUUAGAUAUACUAAUACCUCGCUCUGUCCAUGUGGAAAUCCUGAUUCAAACUCUUCGCCAUUGGGUAAAAGAUGUUUCUUCUUUGUUACGUAGGCGAAGAUGGAGCCAAAACUCUCCAAAUAAUCCGGAGUCCGCUGGAAGGCUGCCAAUGUACCCUCCAGCAUCAUACCCAGGAAAUGCUGGCCCUGGGGAGACAAGAAGAACUCCAGGCGCUGGUCCCGGGCCCCCAGAACGUAACCACGGUUCUGGGCACCCAUGCAGAUCCUCUUCCAGCCACGCUUGGCCUCCUUGUACUCCUCAUCAAACCUCGCCUUGA